UAGAACUAGAGGAUGAAAGGGCAUCGAACAGUGUCUUGAAGAGAUAGUUCGAUGUGCAAUGGGUAGUUUAAGUAUUCAAGAUUUUGCAAUACGAAUGAAGUGGCUAUGUGCCAUUAUUUCAUCUGGCAGCAACAGCUGGGUAUUUUGGGUCAUCUAUAGAAAAUGGAAGACUCAAGCAGUCGUGUAUGAUCGCUACAUGCGUAGGGCUAAGGUUUACCUUCAGAGAGCCAGCCAAGACGCCAGGGAAUGAAUCGACUUCUAGUAUAACUGACCAUGGGAGCCCAUAGGAUGAUCCCCAACUGAAUUCAAUCAAUUCCGAUUACUUAUUUUGUUGAUUAAAAGACAAAUCAAGCCAUAUUUCCUUUACUGAAAGGGAUCAAUAUUAAACUUAAUCAUGAAUAAAACGAAUAUCAAGUGCAUGCAAUAUUACUUAUAAGAUCGACAAAGUAAAGGCUACACUU